AAUUUUGAGCUUCCUGCUCGCCCUUCCUCCCCACAGAAUGAAGAUUCUUAACCUUGAAGCGAGUGAAAUCACGAUGAGGGAUGAAAGGAACUUCUCUCUCAAAGAGUCACAAAGAAGACCUAGGCCCCAUCGACGCAACGCAAAUUCCACCUCGUCCGCGAGAGAUGUCAACAGUGUUUCCAUGCCCAGGAUGUUCCUGUGGACCAGCCACCCGCAACUCACACAGCAACCAGAAAGCAACAUACAUAAAAAGACAAAACCUCGCGAUAUUCUGGAGAAAAGGAAACCAGUCACUGCCCUGAAGGCUGGUGAAAACAGGGCCAUAUUUCUGGGUCUGGCAAUGCUGGUGUGUUCAAUAUUCAUUGCCUUCCUUCUGGGAACAAAAGUGAUUCAACAAAACAAGGCGAGUGUUUGGACAGGUGUAUCGGAAUGCACUGUUCUUGAAGCAAGAAUCACAAGCUGCCCAAACUGCAGCAUCAACUGCGGGCCAGAUUGCUGGAACCCAUCAGAGUACACCUGCCUACAGGUUUACGUCAAUUUAUCCUCUUCAGGGAUGAAGGUUCUGUUACACCAGUCGGAAGAAACUGUACGCUUCAAUCCUGAGUGUUUCUGCACAUCAAAUUGUAAAAGGAAUUAUUCCGAAAAUAAGGUGCUGUUGGCUUCGCUUAAAGGGAACAUCACACAGUUUCAAUCUUUCCCAUGUUAUUAUGAUCCGAAAGGGCGGCAAAGAAAUGUUCUCCUGGAGAGAUUCGACAUGUUUAAAGCUUUGUAUUUAGUGAUGAUCUGGCCUUCGUGCCUGUUUCUUGGCGGAAUUAUCCUGGUGGUUCUGGUGAAGUUGACACAAUACCUGUCCUUUCUCACUGAACAGGCUCAGUAAGGAACUGAAAAAGAAAUUGCCAAUAGUCAUCGAUUUUUCUUUACGGAUUGUACCAAGAUACCAACCAGGAAAAUUACAGGAUCUUGAAACGUUUACGGGAACUUCAGUCUAUUAAUGCCCGGCAAGCCAUGUAAUGUGCAGCACAGUCUGGGUGUCAGGGGUCAUGGGGAGAAGGCAGGAGAAUAGGGUUGAGGGGGCAAGAUAGAUCAGCCACGAUUGAAUGGGCAGAGUACACUCGAUGGGCCGACUGGCCUAA